AUGGACCGGCGGCGCUGCGCGCUUCGCGGGCUCGGCGUGAGCCUGCUGAUGCUGAACUGGGCCGGCUUGGCCAAGGUGUUGCCGGCAUCGGCGGCGCCGUUGGCAGGGGCGAGAGGCUUGGGUGUGCACGUCUACGACCACUGCCCGUACUGCACUCGUGUGGAGCUUGUUCUUGGCUGGCACGGCCUGGAAUCCCAGCGCUCCGUGUACGGCUAUGCUGACGUGGCCGGGCCCACUGCGCUGAUCGGGAAGAAGAUGCUUCCAGUUCUGACCUGGCACGACCGGGAAGGGAAGGAACACAAAAUGUCUGAGUCUCUGGACAUCAUCGAAGCCAUCGAGUCCUCACGGGAGUCUACAACAGGCCGACUGAUCGCGCGCCGCACGGGGCGCAAGGAUCUCAAGGCGUGGCAGUCAAAGCUGCGACGAGUCAUGCAUGGACUCACCAGGCCAAGGUUGCUGCAGAUGCCCAUUGCGGAUUUUGCCACGCAGGCAGACAGGCAGUACCAGAUGGACAAGUACGUCGCGAAAGGCUUUAACUACGAAAGAGCGCUGGCAGACACGAACAAACUGGUUCCACGGGUGAAUGCGCUUCUACUUGACUUUGCCGAGCUUCUGCGGUCUGAAAAAUCGCUGAACGCUGCUGGGCACUCCUGGGAUGAUCUUUAUGUUCUCCCUUCACUUCGCGUGCUGAGCUGUGUCAAGCCACUGGUGUGGCCGGCUAAAGUGCGAGGCUACGUAGAGCAGAAUCAUGCGGAUGCCGGUGUGGCAUGUUACUUCGAGCAUGCAUGCUGA